GGCCGAGGCGGCGCGCGGCUCUGACAGCCGAGUCGCUCGCGGCCUCCCGCCCCCUCGGCACGGGCGCCCACCGGCCUGGCCUGGCCUGGCCUGGCCCGGAGCCAUGAGCCCCGGGCUGCUGCUACUCGGCAGCGCCGUCCUGCUCGCCUUCGGCCUCUGCUGCACCUUCGUGCAUCGCGCUCGCAGCCGCUAUGAGCACAUCCCCGGGCCGCCGCGGCCCAGUUUCCUUCUAGGACACCUCCCCUACUUUUGGAAAAAGGACGAGGUUUGUGGCCGUGUGCUCCAAGAUGUGUUUUUGGAUUGGGCUAAGAAGUACGGACCUGUUGUGCGUGUCAACGUCUUCCACAAAACCUCGGUCAUCGUCACAAGCCCUGAGUCAGUCAAGAAGUUCCUGAUGUCAACCAAGUACAACAAGGACUCCAAGAUGUACCGCGCCAUCCAGACUGUGUUUGGAGAGAGACUAUUUGGCCAGGGCUUGGUGUCUGAAUGUGACUAUGAGCGUUGGCACAAGCAGCGGAGAGUCAUGGACCUGGCCUUCAGCCGGAGCUCCUUGGUCAGCUUGAUGGAGACAUUCAACGAGAAGGCCGAGCAGCUGGUGGAGAUUCUAGAAGCCAAGGCAGACGGACAGACCCCAGUGUCCAUGCAGGACAUGCUGACCUAUGCUACCAUGGACAUCUUAGCCAAGGCAGCUUUUGGGAUGGAAACCAGCAUGCUGUUAGGUGCCCAGAAGCCCCUGUCCCAGGCUGUGAAGGUGAUGUUGGAGGGCAUCAGCGCAUCCCGCAACACUCUGGCCAAGUUCAUGCCAGGGAGGAGGAAGAAGCUCCAGGAGAUCCGGCAGAGCGUCCGCCUGCUCCGCCAGGUUGGCAAGGACUGGGUUCAGCGCCGCAGGGAGGCCCUGACGCGGGGGGAGAAGGUCCCCGCGGACAUCCUCACCCAGCUCCUCAAAGCUGAAGAGGGAGCCCAGGACGAUGAGGUUCUGCUGGACAACUUUGUCACCUUCUUCAUUGCUGGUCACGAGACUUCUGCCAACCACUUGGCCUUCACGGUGAUGGAGCUGUCUCGCCAGCCUGAGAUCGUGGCAAGGCUGCAGGCUGAGGUGGACGAGGUGGUCGGUUCCAAGAGGCACCUGGACUAUGAGGACCUGGGGAGACUGCAGUACCUGUCUCAGGUCCUCAAGGAGUCACUGAGGCUGUACCCACCAGCGUGGGGCACCUUUCGCUUGCUGGAGGAGGAGACCUUGAUUGAUGGGGUCAGAGUCCCUGGCAACACUCCACUCUUGGGCCAGAGGCACUGCCCCCAAAGGCCAAGGCACAGGGGAAGCGUCAGCUCCCAGCAGGAGAUGCCACCAGUACAGGUUCAAGGCUGGAGGUGGCUGCAGCCUCCACCCCACCCUAGAGGGGAAGCAAGAAAGAACCCGAGGAGCAGCAGCUCCCAGGAGCCAGAGGGACAGCCUCGCAGGCCGGAUUGCGAAUCUCAGGGGCUGUUUAUCUUCUGGGAGACUCCAGAGAGCACCUACGUCAUGGGGCGGAUGGACACCUACUUUGAGGAUCCACUGACUUUCAACCCCGAUCGCUUCAGCCCUGGAGCCCCCAAGCCGCGCUUCACCUACUUCCCCUUCUCUCUGGGCCACCGCUCCUGCAUCGGGCAGCAGUUUGCUCAGAUGGAGGUCAAGGUGGUCAUGGCCAAGCUGCUGCAGAGGCUCGAGUUCCGGCUGGUGCCCGGGCAGCGCUUCGGGCUGCAGGAGCAGGCCACGCUCAAGCCACUGGACCCUGUGCUCUGCACGCUGCGGCCUCGGGGCUGGCAGCCCGCGCCCCCACCCCCGCCCUGCUGACGGGGCUCUGGGCAGCAUGGGACUUCUCGGGCCAGGCCACUUGCCUCCUCUGCUGCCCACAGCCGCCCACCUGUGCCCCUGCCCUGUCCCCUGGCACCCUCCAUGCUGGUUCCCAGGGGACCCUCUGCCAUGCCUGCUUCUCACCCCUCACCCCACUGCUGUCCACAGCUCUUGGCGGGACUUGGGCCCUGCGUCCCCCCAGCUGCUGCCAGUGUUGCCCCUGCCUCCCAACCUCUGCACUGGCCACUCCCUCAGACGACACACCCUAACUCUUGCUCACUCCCUAAGAUCCUCUUCAAGUGUCACCUACCCUGAGAAGCCCUCUCUGCCACCCCCGGCCGGGCCAGGGGCCCCUCUUCUGUGCUCCCUCAGUCACCUGUGCUACCUCUAACACCACACUGACCACACUGUAUCGUGAGUGCCCGCUGAUGUGACCCACUGCCCUGCCAGGCUUCGAGCGCCUCGGGGGCAGGUUCUGUUGUGCUUCGCUCUGAGCCCCUGUGGCCAUCCAGGGCCUGCACAGAGUCGAUGCCAAUAAACAUGUGUUGACUGCAUGAA